AUGUCGACGAAUCGCCCAUUCCUGGCGAAUUUCCUCGCCGCAUUCAGAGCACAAUCAACCUUCAAGGCACCCUCAGCGGCUGGUUCGCAGACUUCUUCACAAAUAGCCUCCGGUGCGCGAGCGAUGGCCACCAAGACGACAUCAUCGACGACAUCCUCGACGCCGACUACCACACCCUUAUCUUCAUCACAAAACGCAACUACAUCAGCAAAUCCGUCAUCGUCGCCACAAAAUCAACAACAACAUCACCAUCCACAUCAUCGCUCACAUCACCACCACCCUCCCCACCACCGACCUUCACCUUCCACAACACGUCCACAAUCACACAGCCGUACCCCGGCAACCAUUCCUACAACGACAACAGCAACAGAAAACACAUCACCUACAUCAACAUCACCAACCUCAGGUCCCAUACCAAUCGUAUACAACCACGAUCGCCGACGUCGUGGCAGCGAUAGCUCGAGCGGAUCAGGCGGGUUUCGAGACGCUUUGGGUCAUGAGAAAUGGUAUAUAGGCGGGAGAAGCGCGACGGGCGAAGAACGGUUUUAUCGGCUGGGCAUGGUGACAAAGGCUGGUGGACGAAUAGGGGCGACUGGGAGGGUUGGGAGUGUUGAUCAGCUUAGUUUGUGA